UCUACAGUAUACCCUCCAACAGCAUCAUUUUUAGAUUAAAUCAGUUUGUCUUUGGGAUCGAGUCCAUCAGCGGAACCUUUAGUUAAGAACCGAUUCUUUGGAUUUGCAUGACCGGUAUAAAGCAUCCUGGUGCACAAGUUUCGGUUGUUUCAGCAACGCACCCAACAGAAGCGAGGCUGCGAAAACGCGCAUCCCGUGAAACGAAGUGAGCGUGACGUAUUUACAUUAUUUACUCUAACAGAUCAGCUGUCGGAGAUGAGCGCGAGCCUCAGCGAGCAGUAUGAGGAGAAGGUGCGUCCGUGCAUCGACCUGAUCGACUCUCUGCGCGCGCUCGGUGUGGAGAAGGACCUCGCGCUUCCCGCCAUCGCCGUGAUCGGAGACCAGAGCUCGGGGAAGAGCUCGGUGCUGGAGGCGCUGUCCGGAGUCGCGCUGCCCCGCGGGAGUGGUAUCGUGACGAGAUGUCCACUCGAGCUGAAAAUGAAGAGAAGUCAAGAGGAAGACUUCUGGCAUGGAAAGAUUAAGUAUAAGAAAGAUCAUGAUCAGGAUUAUGAGGAAGAGAUUGAUAACCCAGCAGAUGUGGAGAAAAAAAUUAGAGAAGCUCAGGACCUAAUGGCUGGUGUCGGUGUGGGCAUCAGUGAUGAGCUCAUCAGCUUGGAAGUGACGUCAGCCGAUGUUCCCGACCUCACACUCAUCGAUCUGCCAGGUAUUGCCCGUGUCGCAGUCAAAGGCCAACCGGAGAACAUUGGAGAACAGAUUAAAAGACUUAUCAAAAAGUUCAUUGAAAAGCAAGAAACCAUCAACCUGGUGGUUGUACCAUGUAACGUGGACAUCGCUACUACUGAGGCACUGAAGAUGGCUCAAGAAGUCGAUCCAAAUGGCGAGAGAACCCUAGGCAUUCUAACAAAGCCUGACCUGGUGGAUAAAGGCACGGAGGAGACAGUGGUGUCCAUCAUCCAUAAUGAAGUCAUUUACCUCACUAAAGGCUACAUGAUCGUCAGGUGUCGAGGGCAGAAGGAGAUCAUGGACCGCGUCUCACUGCAUGAAGCCACUGAGAAAGAAAAGGACUUCUUUAAAGACCACCCGCAAUUUAGCACUCUGUAUGAGGAAGGCACAGCUACCAUUCCUAAACUGGCUGAGAAACUUACACUUGAACUCGUCAAUCACAUUGAACGAUCUCUGCCACGACUGGAGGAGCAGAUUGAAAUGAAGUUGGCUGAAACUCAAGCUGAACUGGAUCGCUACGGGUCAGGACCUCCUACAGAACCAGCAGAGAGGAUCUUCUUCCUGAUCGAUAAAGUCACAGCAUUCACUCAGGACAACAUUAACCUAACGACUGGAGAGGAGCUGAAGAACGUCCAACAUCUCAACAUCUUUUCAGGUCUGCGAAGGCAGUUUGCACUCUGGAAGGCCCACCUGGACACAUCAGGAGAGACAUUUAACAGGAGGAUCGAGAAGGAAGUAAAUGAGUAUGAAGAAAAAUACAGAGGCAGAGAACUUCCAGGAUUCAUCAGCUAUAAGACCUUUGAGGUGAUGGUAAAAGACCAGAUCAAGCAGCUGGAGGAACCUGCUGUCAGGACACUGAAGGAAAUCUCAGAUCUCAUUCGAAGGGGCUUCAUUCAACUGGCUCAAUGCAGCUUCAUGGGCUUCCCAAAUCUUCUCAAAAUGGCAAAGACUAAGAUAGAGACCAUAAAGCAAGUAAAGGAGGCAGAGGCGGAAUUAAUGCUGAGAACUCAGUUUAAAAUGGAGAUGAUUGUCUACACCCAAGACAGCAUGUACAGCAACACUCUGAGCACACUCAAGCUUGAGGAGGAAGAAGCACAGAAACCAAAUUUACGUUUGCCGUGUGUUAAUUCGUGUAGUUUAUACAGUUAUUCAGACAACAGAGCCACUCUUGACGAACUGAUGCGUCACCUCAAGUCCUACUACAGUAUUGCGAGUAAGCGCCUGGCUGAUCAGGUGCCGCUGGUGAUAAGGUACCUCCUGCUGCAGGAGUCGGCGGCGCAGCUGCAGAGAGAAAUGCUACAGCUUAUUCAGGAAAAAAACAACACAGAUCAGCUGCUGAAAGAGGAUCAUGACAUCGGCAGCAAACGCAACAACCUGCAAAACCGCCAGAAGCGUCUGAUGGAGGCCCGCGACUACCUAGUCAAGUUUUAGAGUUACAUAUUGUGUCUACCUUGAAAAUGGUAUUAGUGUUAAUCACUCUAAAUCAAGUAUAUAAAGAAAAUCGCACACCGUGUACGUACAUAAUCAAAGAUGUAUAUUAUAUAAACAUCUUUGAUUAUGAAAGUGUUCAACUUAUUAUAUUAAACUAUACUAGAGUUAGUUUCCAUAAUUAGUGAGAGUGUAUGUCAGGUAUAUACUGUAACAAAUAUUUAUUUAUUUUUUAAAUUAUUUAGAAACUAGUUUGUUGUUCUAACCCAACACAUGCCCAAAAUGCUGAAAUACCUGCGUCCAUAUAGAGAUAGUGUUGUCAGAAAUCUUGGAGGUUUGGUUAACUGUUUAUCCUGAAUGUAAUAUCAGUGUUUUUUGGAUUGUGUUCCUAAAGAUUUGCAAUAAAAUCUG